GAGAGGAUGUCUGGACGUGGCAAAGGAGGGAAAGGCCUGGGGAAGGGAGGCGCUAAGAGGCACCGCAAAGUCCUUCGGGACAACAUCCAGGGCAUCACCAAGCCCGCCAUCCGCCGCCUGGCUCGCCGCGGGGGAGUGAAGCGCAUCUCGGGGCUGAUCUACGAGGAGACCCGCGGCGUGCUGAAGGUCUUCCUGGAGAACGUGAUCCGCGACGCCGUCACCUACACCGAGCACGCCAAGAGGAAGACGGUCACCGCCAUGGACGUGGUCUACGCCCUCAAGCGCCAGGGACGCACCCUCUACGGCUUCGGGGGCUAA